GUGAGACUCAGUUGGACCAACAAACAUAGCCUCCAGAGAAACAUCAAGCAGAGUCUGACAAGGGAGUCGGAUCGAAAGCUUAUUUUUCAUCAUCUCACAGAAUAGAGCACUGCAUCCGGCCAUGAAAGGCACAACGAGAAUCAUGUUAUGCUUGUCAAUCAUACUGAAUGGUAAGUACAUGUUACAAUAACAAUGGCUAAAGAUGAUGUGAAACAUUUGAUAUAACCUCGUUGAGUGUUUGUUGGUUGUGUUCCUCAAUGUAGUUAAAUGCUUUACUGUCAGAUACAAUUGUACUAGUGCAAUCAUUCAGUAAUCGUCACCAUGUUGCGCUGGCAGUUCAGUAGGCAUAUCAAGACAUUAUGAAAUGUAAUGCAUUUUUGAAUCAGAAUUGACUUGAGGAACUAGUGAUUAGGGGUUGUGUCUGGACCGGGCCACUGUCUGUAGCCCUAUAUGAUUUGACUCCUGUGACAUUCUGUUGUGACUUCUACAGGUCUACGUUUGGGAGAGUCCCUGGGUCUAUCACUGAAGAGCAUAUCAGUGAAAGUAGGGGAGGAUGCCACUCUGGACUGCCCUCUGUCCACUAACUGUAGCAUGGCAACUGUGAGCUGGUACAAGCAGAAUCAAGGAGAGAGGCCUGAACUGGUACUCAGCUACCCCCUGACCAACACCUCCCUUGUGCUCUAUGGCCAUGGCUUCCAUCCCAACAAGAUCACUGUCCAGACCAAUGAUAGCAGGCCACUUCACCAGCAUCAGUUACUGAUCCAUGGAUCUAAAGAGAAUGACAUGGCUGUUUAUUACUGUGGACUUACAGAAGGAUUUGAAACAACAACUGAUGCGUAGAGAUGGAUAUAAGGUGUACUAUGUAAUAACACUGUACUGUAUCUAUAGGCUACUCUGUAUAGGUCUUCCAAAGCAACUCC